UGAUAAUUAAUUAAAUACCUUUACAUGUGCAACGUGCUAUUGAGUAUUCGAAUAGACGAAUGUCGUGCUUCUCUGCUACUUAUUUAGUUAUGAAAAAGAAAAACUAACUACAUAUUAUAUGCUAUAGUUUAUAGGCUAUAUCUAGUAUUGGAAAAAACCUAUUCCCGAGUACUUUUGUCAAAAAUGCAUCAGUUCAGUGAUGCCGAAGAAGACAAUUCCCCAUUGGUCAUCAAUAACAAUGAUGAUAUAUCUAAAUUGUUUGGUGAGAUGACUUUUAAUAAUAAUGGCCGUAAGUUAGUAAAUGAUCAAAAUACAUAUGAUACUGAUUACUCAGACGACAGCAGUGAUGACGAAACACUUUUUGAUAAUGGAUGCUAUAGUAGAAAAGGGGCAAAUGAAAUUAAGGCUCAAAUUCAAUCUACUACUCCUAACCAACAGAACAAAAAUGUCAAAAUUAGUGAUUACCAACCAUCAGAGAAUGUAAUAAAAAAAUUUUUAGACAAAGUAAAUACAGAUCCGUAUGAAGGGCCUGUACUUACUCAUGAAGCAUCUAAUAAACUGAUGGAAAGCUACAAAAAAGCUGAUGCCAUGCGAUUUAGAAAUAAAGACAAGUGUGACAGAGCCACAGCUGAGCAAGUAAUGGAUCCAAGAACUCGAAUGAUACUAUUCAAAUUGCUUAACAGAGGAAUGAUUGGACAAAUUGAUGGGUGUAUAUCUACUGGAAAGGAAGCCAAUGUGUAUCAUUCAACUUCAACUGAUAGUGAAAAACAUUAUGCUAUUAAAGUAUUUAAAACAUCAAUAUUGGUGUUCAAAGAUCGUGAUCGUUAUGUCACUGGUGAAUUCAGAUUUAGACAUGGUUACUGCAGGCAUAAUCCAAGAAAAAUGGUACGUUUAUGGGCUGAAAAAGAAAUGCGUAAUCUUGCUCGAAUGUAUGCAGCUGGUCUACCAGUACCUCAACCAAUUUUGUUAAGAUCGCAUGUUUUAAUGAUGUCGUUUAUCGGUAAAGAUGGUUGGCCUGCUCCAAAAUUAAAAGAUGCUCGUUUAACUACGUCUAAAGCGUGCCAACUUUAUAGAGAUUGUUUAAUAAUUAUGUGGAAACUAUACAACAUUUGUAAACUUGUACAUGCUGAUCUUAGCGAGUUUAAUUUAUUGUAUAAUGAUGGUGAAAUAGUGAUGAUUGACGUAUCUCAAGCUGUUGAACAUGAACAUCCAUAUGCAUUAGAAUUCCUUAGAAAAGAUUGUACAAAUAUUACAGAGUUUUUCCGUCAUCAUGAUGUCGGUACAUUAACCAUUAAAUGUUUAUUUGACUUUCUCACUGAUCCCACCAUCACAUUAGAUAAUAUGGAAACUUGUCUUGAUCGUCUUCAAGUAAAUAUGGUCAAUUCAGAUCCAUUAACAAAUGAAGAAAUGGUUGAACAAGAAGUAUUCAAAAAUGCAUAUAUACCAAAAAAUCUAAACGAGGUUGUUGAUUUUGAAAGGGAUAUUAGUUUGGUAAAAUCUGGACAAACUAGUGAAGAUUUAAUUUAUCAAAAAAUUGUUGGACUAAAAGACGAUUUAUCUGGACCUCAAAAUACACCAGCAAUAUUAGAAGAUGAUGAUUCUGAUGAUACCAAUAGUAGUACAUCAGAAAAAGAAAGUAUUGAUUCUGAUGAAAAAAGUAAAUUUUCUAAUUCUGCAAGACCAAAAAAUGAAGAUGCUGAAAGUAAACGAUUAAGAAAAAAACAAGUAAAAGAUGAAAAAGCAGAUAAGAGGAAGGUGAAAUUAAAAAAACAUUUGAAAAAAAGAAAAGAAAAAACAACACAGUGCAGAAAAAAAUAAUUAUUAUUUAGUUAUUAUUAUACAUGCUUUGGUAAAAAACCGUUAUUUAUUUUUGUCUUUUCAGUCUCUUCAAGUGGAUUCUCUAUUUCAGGUUCUUUAAAUUUGAUUUCGGGAAACAAUGUUAGAUCUUCAUCAUUACUGAACCCAUAAGAUGCUCUUAGUUUAGAUUCCAAUUUAUUAAUUUCAUUGCACAAAUCAUUACAUUCGACUGACUGAGUCAUCAUUAAUUGUAUAUAUUCUUCUCUUUUAUCAAAAAUAAUUUUCUUUAUUUCAUCUUCAGACUUGAUUUUUAUAUUAUCUUUACAACUGUUUAUAUUACUUAUAGCAAAUGUUCUAUAGUUUUUUGUAAUAACACUCACAUUUUUUAUUAAUUUUCUCAUCAUUUUGGUUGAUUUUUAGUAAAUUUAUUAAGAUAAUGAACAAAUAUUAUAAACCAUGAAAUGUUAAAAAAGAAUUAAAAAACUGAAUCUCUUAUAUUAUUGACUUCAACUACUGCUAUAAUAAAAAAUUAGUUUAUUAAUUUCUAAAUGGCCAAACACAAAAUAAAAACAUAUUUAAAAAAUAAUAAUUGAAUGUUUAAAAUGACUUGUUGUCAAUAACAAUCUUCUAAAAUUUGCAGUCUGUUCUUGACAAAUAUCACUAAUUUUACGGUUCUCUUCUAAAUUGCUAUUCAAUCAAUCUCAAGAAAUCCCACCAAAACCCAUUAAAAAAAAAAAUUAAAAAAUAUGGUUAUAAAUAUAAUAAUAAAAAUAUUGUAUGUGUAAAAAUAGCAAUAAACAAAUUUGAUGUAUAAUAACUAGUGGAGUAACUAGGAUCAUUUUGAGGUGAGUGUCAAGUGGCAUUUGUCACAAUAGGAGUGAAAAAAAAAACAAACGUUUAUAUCUGAAUGUACGCUGUGAUAAAUUUAUUUUCAAUCAAUGGUUUUAGGAAAAAAAUAAACUUAACAGGACAAUAAAUUUAAUUAACUCAUAA